CCGAAGCGAACGCGCGUCGAUCGUUCCGUUUCUGUUUCAGUUUUGCUCCGCUCCCGAGGCUCUCUUCUAACUCUUCCCCUAGAUCUGAUUCAAUUCGAAAUCAGAGUGUGUGCGUGUGUGUGUUAAUAUAGUGUCCGAAAAAUUGCUGAUAGUGCGUACGUGGGUCGUUGCAGGCAAUUGAAUUUAAUUCCAAACCCCAUUCCGGUGUCUCAAAUAUGAGGGAAAUCGUACAUCUGCAGGCGGGCCAGUGUGGCAACCAGAUCGGUUCAAAGUUCUGGGAAAUCAUCUCCGAUGAGCAUGGAAUCGAUCCCAAUGGUUACUAUCAUGGGGAGUCGGAUCUGCAGCAUGAAAGGAUCGACGUUUACUAUAAUGAAGCCAGUAGUGGCAAGUAUGUGCCCCGAGCGGUGCUCAUCGACCUGGAGCCGGGCACCAUGGACUCUGUCCGUCAGUCGCCAAUGGGACAGCUUUUCCGACCGGAUAACUUUGUGUUCGGGCAGUCUGGAGCUGGCAACAACUGGGCCAAGGGCCACUACACAGAGGGUGCCGAGCUGAUCGAUUCCGUGCUGGAGGUCAUUCGCAAGGAAUCCGAGGGCUGUGACUGCCUGCAAGGCUUCCAGCUGGCCCACUCGCUGGGCGGUGGCACCGGCUCCGGCCUGGGCACUUUGCUCAUCUCGAAGAUCCGUGAGGAGUAUCCGGACCGCAUCAUGAACUCAUUCUCCGUGGUGCCCUCGCCCAAGGUGUCCGACACCGUUGUGGAGCCGUACAAUGCCACGCUCUCCAUCCACCAGCUGGUGGAGAACACCGACGAGACCUUCUGCAUUGACAACGAGGCUCUUUAUGACAUCUGCUUCCGCACGCUGAAGCUAUCGUCGCCCACCUAUGGCGAUCUUAACCAUCUGGUUUCCGUCACAAUGUCCGGUGUGACAACCUGCCUGCGCUUCCCUGGCCAGCUGAAUGCUGAUCUUCGCAAGCUGGCCGUGAAUAUGGUGCCCUUCCCGCGCCUCCAUUUCUUCAUGCCCGGAUUCGCUCCCCUGACAGCCAAGGGUUGCCAGCAGUAUCGAGCUCUGACCGUGGCCGAGCUGACCCAGCAAAUGUUUGAUGCCAAGAACAUGAUGACCGCCUGUGAUCCCCGGCAUGGACGUUACCUUACGGUGGCCUGCAUCUUCCGGGGUCCCAUGUCCAUGAAGGAGGUGGACACCCAGAUGCUCAACGUGCAGAGCAAGAACAGCAGCUACUUUGUCGAGUGGAUACCCAACAACGUGAAGGUGGCCGUCUGUGACAUCCCGCCCCGUGGCCUGAAGAUGUCCGCAACAUUCAUUGGCAAUUCGACUGCAAUUCAGGAGAUCUUCAAGCGCAUCUCCGAACAGUUUACCGCCAUGUUCCGGCGCAAGGCCUUCCUCCAUUGGUUCACCGGCGAGGGCAUGGACGAGAUGGAGUUCACCGAGGCCGAGAGCAACAUGAACGAUCUGAUAUCCGAGUACCAGCAGUACCAGGAGGCAACGGCUGACGAAGAAGUGGAGUUCGAUGAAGAGCAGGGCGAGCAAGACGGCUACGAGUCGGAGGUCCUGCAGAACGGCAAUGUUGAGUAAGGACCUGGAGCCCAACACAAUUGUUGCUGUUUUCUGUAUACUAUUUUGUAAAUUUUUGGCCUACGGCAGGCUUUACAGAAAUAUUUAGUAAAUAUAGAUAUUAAAUGAGUAAA